CGGACCCCGAAGGCCGAGAAGAAGCCGCGGGGCCGCCACCCUCCGCGCCCGGCAUGGGCCCGCGCCGCCGGACCCGCAAGCCCGAAGUCCCGAGGAGGCGCACCGUGAGCCCGGCCCCCGGCCCCCCCCGGCGGGGCCCCUUAGGCACUCCCUCCCGUCAGCGUGGUCCCCGGAGAUCCCGGGUUCUGAAGGAGAUCCGAACGCUUCAGAAGAGCACAGCCCUGUUGAUAAGGAAGAGCCCCUUCAGCCGCCUGGCAAGAGAGAUAUGCGUUACAUUCACUCGCGGUGUGGACUUCUCUUGGCAAGCCCAGGCCCUGUUGGCCCUACAAGAGGCCGCAGAAGCAUUUCUAGUUCAUCUCUUUGAGGACGCCUAUCUUCUGUCCUUACAUGCUGGCCGCGUUACUCUCUUCCCGAAGGAUGUGCAGCUUGCCAGGAGGAUCCGAGGCAUUCAGGAAGGGCUUGGCUGAGCCCCUGCCCCCAUCUCUGGAUGACACCAGAGCCUCUGUCUGGAGCCAGGAACAGAUCCGUGGAGGGUAAGGAGGCGUCUGGACUCACUGUCCCUGAGCAGGGUGCAUGCAGCUUUUGUAAUUGGUUCUUUCAAGGAGAAAACUGUGUGGCUUUCCUCUGUAACAGAGGUAAUAUAUGAGAAAAUCAACAGCAUUCCAAAGGACUGAGAAUUCUUUUUAGAUAAUGAGACUCCAAGGUUCGCUUCAGUUUGCAAAUGAUUCACAUGACCGCUGAAUGAUUUUGAAGACAUCAGACUUUCUGGGCUAUGGAAAAAAUGGAUAUUUGCUUAUUAUUUUAGAUCUUCCUGUACCACUUACAUUUUUUGCCAUACGUAUAUUUACUUUUCUUUGAAACAUAAGGGAAAAAAAUAAAAGGCGACCACUUCGUUCAGUUGCACAGAAGAGCCUGGAACAUCUGCCCACAAAUCUGUCCUUCGGUUAAGCUCACCUGAGCAGCAGCAGCAAGUGAGGCAUGGACCGUGCCUGCCAACAACUGUGUAGCUUUUUAAAAAACUCAAUUGGGGUUAAAAUAGAAAAUCUUUAAGUCCUGAUGUUCUCGUUCCUUUGAGUAAAUUCCUGUCAAACUCAUUCAGAAAUUUGUAAAUCAUAGACGACAUCAUGAUUUAUACUUUAGAAUUUUUCAUCCCGGGAUUUUAAAGUGCCUUUUCAAAGUUUUUACAGGUGUUUUUAUAACUUCUUUGUGGAGAGAUAAUAAAAAAUAAGAAUAUUUCUUUGAUGAAAAAACUGUAAAGCAAAGUUAGUUACUGCACGUAGACAUGCUACAUUUUUGGUGUGUUCAUGUUCAGUUCUCCAUUUAUACGCCGUGUUGCAAGCAGCCACCAUUUAAACAAGAGAAUGGAGGGAUGUGUUUUGGGCUCCAGUGGAGGAGAGUGUGAGCGGAUAAAAACCUUGCCCUUCUGUUGCAACCGAAAGCAGUUGAAGAGAUUUCCAGAGAAAUGGAAAGGGCCACUGGAAGACUUUUAGACUUUGCAUGUGAUGGAAAUGAUUAGUGAGGGUGGACCUCUGACAGUGAUGUGUCAGGUGACCAAGUUCCAAGACGAAUGAAGGGAAGGACCAAGUUCUGUUGUUGAAUAAAUUUUAACCCUUUGGGAAAACCUCUUCUUGUUCAACAUCAAGUCCUAUUUAUACAGACAUUCGAAUAAAGUGUA